AUGCUGGCUCACCAUGUCCUUCAGUCGCCCGCUAACUUGGUGAGCAGGUGGCCGUGGAACGCAUGGACCAUCAUCCCUGGUUCUCGCCGAUUUGUCCACCGAGCUCUUGAUGCAACCUUCGAUCAGGAGCAACUGGCUGAGGCAAGGAAAUGGCACCAGUCGUUCCAGCUCAGCAGCCUGCCCGAGGGCAACACAUCCUUUUCACGAUCUAGUGGCCCUGGUGGGCAGCAUGUAAACAAGACUGAAACCAAGGCAACAACCACAUGGCCUGUUCCCCAAUUGCUGGGCUUCUUGCCAAAGUUGCUGCAUGCCGGUGUUCGGGAAUCUAAGUAUUACUCUCGACGCAGUGACUGCCUCACGAUACAGGCUCAGACCCAUAGAAGCCGCAGUGCGAAUGCUGAUGAAAACCGCCGGAAACUGUUUGAGGAGCUCCAAGAGUUGUAUCGCAAGACGGUGCCUGGUGAGAGCAGCCCAGAGACGGCCAAAAAAUAUGAAGCACUAAAGAAGAGCGCCAACGAGGCCCGAGUGAAGGCGAAGAAGAUGCAAAAGUCAAAGAAAGCAUUCCGAAGAGGCUUUGAUGAUUGA